GGUGGUCCUCAGCACACGCAUUUCACGUGGCUCUGGCGAGAAGCGAGCCGCCACUCCGUCAGUCCGGUGCUGCAACAGCGGGGGACAACACCAGCGCCAUGGCCGUGGAGAUGGAGCCCUCGGAUGUGAUCCGCCUGAUAAUGCAGUACCUCAAGGAGAACAACCUCUACCGGACCCUGACCACCUUACAGGAGGAAACCACCGUCUCCCUCAACACGGUGGAGAGCAUCGACAGUUUCAUCGCAGAUAUAAACCGCGGCCACUGGGACUCUGUCCUGUUGGCCAUCGAGUCCCUGAAGCUGCCAGACAACACGCUGAUCGACCUCUACGAGCAGGUUGUGAUGGAGCUGAUUGAGAUGAGGGAGGUGGGAGCAGCUCGCUCGCUCCUCAGACAAACCGACCCCAUGAUCAUGUUGAAGCAGACUCAGCCGGAGAGAUACGUCCACCUGGAGAACCUGCUGUCGUGCUCCUACUUUGACCCUCGUGAGGCGUACCCGAAGGGGAGCAGCAAGGAGAAGCGACGCAGGGCGAUAGCUGAGGCGCUGGUGAGGGAGGUGAGUGUGGUGCCUCCUUCUCGCCUCAUGGGACUCCUGGAACAAGUUGGUUCGCUGAGACUACAGCAGCUUCCAGGUCAUCUCUCCCCAGAAAGCCCCAUCGACACGUCUGGCAACAAGGAGAGACAUGUGGUGAAAGAGAGCUUCCCAACGCAGCUGUACCGACACAUCAAGUUUGGACGACGGUCACAUGUGGAGUGUGCCUGUUUCUCUCCUGAUGGAAAGUACCUGAUAACCGGAUCGGUGGACGGGUUCAUUGAGGUGUGGAACUUCUACACUGGAAAAAUUAGUAAGGAUUUAAAGUACCAGGCACAAGACAGCUUCAUGAUGAUGGAUGAUGCUGUGCUGUGUAUGUGCUUUGGCCAGGACACCGAUCUUCUGGCAACCGGAUCUCAGAAUGGCAAAAUAAAGGUGUGGAAGAUCCAGAGCGGGUUGUGUCUGCGCAGGUUCGAGCACGCUCACAGCAAAGGUGUGACCAGUCUGUGCUUCUCCAUGGACAGCAGCCAGAUCCUCAGUGCCUCAUUUGAUCAGACCAUCAGAAUCCAUGAACUGAGGUCAGGAAAGACACUCAAGGAGUUAAAUGGCCAUUCAUCGUUUGUGAAUGAUGCAUCCUUCACUCAAGAUGGAUUCCACAUCAUCAGCGCCUCAUCUGAUGGCACCGUGAAGAUUUGGAACACGAAGACGAGCGACUGCAUCCACACUGUCAAAUCUCUGUCCCAGACGUCAGAGGUCCCCAUCAACAACGUGAUUCCUCUUCCCCAGAACCCAGAGCACUUUGUGGUUUGCAGCCACUCAAGCAAAGUGGUCGUGUUGAGCAUGGACGGUCAGACCGUGAAGACGUUCAGCUCAGACAGGAAGGAAGCCACAGACUUUGUGUGCUGCACCCUGUCGCCCCGCGGGGAGUGGAUUUACUGUGUGGGAGAGGAUCUGGUCCUGUACUGCUUCAACUAUACGACAGGGAGGCUGGAGAAAACGCUGACCGUUCAUGAGAAAGACGUCAUCGGCAUUGCUCACCAUCCACACGAGAAUCUGAUCGCCACAUACAGUGAGGACGGCCUCCUGAGGCUUUGGAUGCCGUCGUAACAUGGACGACCUACAGAGCGUUAAGUUCUUAACCAAUUCAUUCUUUUCUUUUAAAUUGGACUGUAACAACUUUAAUAUUACAAAUAUGAAUCCGUAAGUAAAUUAUAAAACAGGGAAUGGACUGAGAAAACAAUCUCACUACAUGUUGCAUAUAGUAGCUGUUCCAGAGCUUUCGAUCAUAUCACAUGAUCCUCAUUAAUAGAUUUUUUUCUAAGUUUUCAUGGAAUUGUAAAACUGUGAUAUGACCAAAACUCCAGAGCAGCUGCUAAGACUUCUGGUGUGAUUGUUUCGUCAGCCGCUGUUUCCACAGUCAAGAGUUUAAUUUUGACAUUUGAAAGUUUGAGUUUUUUGAUAUUGUUAAAUAAAUACAGUUUAUUUGGUUUCAAAAUGUUAAGCUAAAGAAGGUUUUUCGCCAUAUAUUUGUGAAAGCGGUUUCAUAUUAAAUGUGACAAAAAGCUAACUCAAAAAAAAAGUUGGUGAAUGAAAGAAUAAGAUCAUAGAUAUUUCCUUUUUUCUUAUUGUCAUAAAAAGAGUGGAAUCAAGUUAUUGUUUCAUUUGGUCUUAUCCUUGUAUUUACUGACAAUAAGAAAAAAAUAUAUAAUAUCAAUAAUAUCCAAUUGUAAAACUCAUCUAUUGAACUUUAUUUUAUUGAAUCUCAAUGAAUACUUUUGCCAAUAAUUUAUAAAAUGAAUCAUUUUAGGCACCGUUUAUCAUGUUUUGAUACUCCACGCUGUUCACAGUCUUCCUCGUGGAUCCAACUUCACCAGAGCAGUUUAAAUCCCCAUUUUCAUCUCUUCUGUCUUUAUUAGACAUGAAAAUGCACGAUGGUGAACUGUCGUGGAAAUAUUUUUAACAAAAAGCCGCCUCGUGUUUGGGCAUAAACAAACAAUUUCAGGUAAAUGAUUUGUCAAGUGUUUGGUUAAUAACUAUACUUUUGUAUUUUUUGAUUCACUGAUGAUUCAGAUGUAAUAAUUUGUUUGCAUGCUACCUCAGUUACACUGUCUGAAUGUGGCGCUAGAGUACGUUUAGUACUUCAAAAUAUGCAUGACGACUAGCAGUGAACCUCGGUUGAGCUCCAGUGUCACGUUCUGUAUCCUGUGUGUGUGUAAUAAAUGUUUUCACGUGAUCACAUCACAGUUAAUAACUGGUGGGAAACGCACACCUGCAGGAGACGGAGCUACUGCCUCGACCUGUCACUGUAAUUAAUGCCAUUGUUGUACAAUAAUGUUGAGUCACUGCACUUUAUUUUCUAUAUUAUCUCUGUUGUGUAUAUCACACUGCCAGCAAACUGAAAAUUGAUUAUCAAUAAAAAACUUAAUUUGUCA